AUGGAAGUGGAAGUAGAGCAUAUGAAGAAUAAAAUAGUGGCCGUGAUAAGAGAGGAAGUAGAAGUGAGGGCAGAUGCGAAAUUCCAGAACGUACAUCGAGUAGGAUGUAAAUAUAUGAUCAGGCUUCUAUGUGGAAACUGGCCUAUUCGCGCACAACAUUAUGCGAUGAGUUUGGUAGAUCAAUGGAAAUUGUCUCCGCUUCUGUGUCCAGUUCCAAGCACAGUUUGUGGGAAACCAUUUGAACUACUUAAAGCUGGUUUAUUCGUAAACUAUUUUAAUUAUAUUUUCAUUGACGAAGCUGGACAAGCAACACAACCCGAAACUCUAAUUCCUUUAGGAUUAAACAAAUCAUAUAAUUGUGAUGGAUUGCCACAGCUGGUCUUAUCUGGCGACCCAAAACAGUUAGGACCAGUUGUAAUGACCAAAGUUGGUCAGCAUUUACUAGGGGAAUCGAUGUUGGAACGAUUAAUGAACCGAGUAGAACUUUAUCAAAAAGGCGAAGACAAUAAAUACAAUCCGAACUUCUUAACAAAAUUGGUUAGGAAUUAUCGAAGUCACGAUGCAAUUCUGCGUAUCCCCAACCAGUUGUUUUACGAAAACGAACUAGAAACCUUUGGAGGUAAAGAAGUCCACACAGCAGAAAAUUGGUCAAUGUUACCGAAGAAGCAGUUUCCAAUAAUUUUUCAUGCGAUACAUGGAAAGGAAGAAAAAUCAGGAAGCUCCACUAGGUCAUAA